AUGUUCAGAUGGAUCAAUGAGGACCGUCACACCAUGCUACGACAGACGCUGGCCAAGACACGGAGGCUGGGCAUGCGGGGGCCGGCCUACAUGUUCAGCGCCCGCUCAGCCAGCCUAUCCCUGACCGAGGAGCGCUUCCUGGACGCGGCGGAGUACGGCAACAUCCCCGGGGUCCGCAAGAUGCUGGAGGAACUUCCUGAACUCAACGUCAACUGUGUGGACUACAUGGGCCAGAAUGCAUUACAGCUGGCGGUGGCCAAUGAGCAUCUAGAGGUUACGGAGCUGUUACUGAAUAAGGAUAAUCUGGCCAGGAUAGGGGAUGCUCUUCUGUUGGCUAUCAGUAAAGGAUACAUUAGGAUAGUGGAGGCUAUAUUGAGUCACAGGUCCUUCGCAGAUACACAAAGGCUCGUCAACAGUCCUGGCCAAGCAGAGACACAAGACGACUUCUUCUCCUAUGACGAGGAUGGUACACGGUUCUCUCAUGACAUCACCCCCAUCAUCCUGGCCUCUCACUGCCAUGAGUACGAGGUAGUACACAUCCUCCUGAGGAAGGACGCCCGUAUCGAGCGACCACACGACUACCUCUGUAAGUGUGGCACCUGCAGCUACCACCAGAACCAUGACUCGUUCAGCCACUCUCGGUCCCGUAUCAAUGCCUAUAAAGGCCUGGCCAGCCCGGCCUACAUGUCUCUCUCUAGCAAAGACCCUGUGAUGGCUGCCCUGGAGCUGAGCAACGAGCUGGCUGUCCUGGCUAACAUCGAGAAGGAGUUUAAGAAAGAUUACAAAGAACUGUCUGUGCAAUGUGAAGACUUUGUGGUCGGACUGCUGGACCUGUGCCGUAACACGGAAGAGGUGGAGGCCAUCUUGAAUGGGGACAUUGAUGCCAGUGAAAACUAUGAGCCACAUGGAAGACCAAGCUUUAUAAGACUAAAGCUCGCAAUAAAAUAUGAACUGAAGAAGUUCAUAGCCCAUCCAAACUGCCAGCAGCAACUCAUGUCUAUCUGGUACGAGAACCUGUCUGGACUGAGACAGCAGACCAACGUUGUCAAGUUUCUGGUAGUUCUGGGUGUAGCUGUUGGACUGCCUGUCCUGGCUCUGCUCUACUGGGUGGCACCGACUAGCAAGCUGGGGAAGAUAAUGCGUGGUCCCUUCCUGAAGUUCGUGGCCCAUGCAGCUUCCUUCACCAUCUUCCUGGGCCUGCUGGUGAUGAAUGCAGCAGAUCGCUUCCAGGGUACCAAACUGCUCCCUAACAUGACCGUACAGGACCACCCCUCUCAGCUGUUCAGGAUGACGACCACCCCCUUCACCUGGAUGGAGAUACUCAUCAUAUCCUGGGUCAUAGGAAUGGUCUGGGCUGAGUGUAAGGAGAUCUGGUCCCAGGGGGCUCGGGAAUAUCUUUCGGAGACAUGGAAUCUUCUAGACUUUGGAAUGCUGAGCCUUUUCGUGACAUCCUUCAUCACUAGAUUUAUGGCGUUCUGGCAUGCGUAUGCAGCACAGAGCUACGUCAACAAGCACUAUACCAACCUGUCCAACAUUACCCUGGUCCCAGAGAUAGAGUACUACAGACUGGCCCGUAAUAACUGGGUUCCCUCGGACCCCCAGAUCAUCUCAGAGGGUCUGUAUUCCAUCGCUGUGGUACUGAGCUUCUCUCGCAUCGCCUACAUCCUCCCAGCUAAUGAGAGUUUCGGGCCACUGCAGAUAUCUCUGGGACGCACGGUGAAAGAUAUCUUCAAGUUCAUGGUGAUCUUCAUCAUGGUUUUUGUGGCCUUCAUGUUUGGAAUGUUCAAUCUCUACUCCUACUACCUGGGAGCCAAGCAGAACGACGCCUUCACCACGAUUGAGGAAAGCUUCAAGACGUUAUUCUGGGCCAUAUUUGGCCUGUCUGAAGUCAAGUCAGUGAAGAUCAACAAUGGCCAUAAGUUUAUCGAGAAUAUCGGCUAUAUCCUUUAUGGGGUUUAUAACGUCACCAUGGUGAUCGUCCUGCUCAACAUGCUCAUUGCCAUGAUCAAUAACUCCUUCCAGGAAAUAGAGGAUGAUGCUGAUGUGGAGUGGAAGUUUGCCCGUGCCAAGCUGUGGUUCUCCUACUUUGAGGAAGGUGGGACAUUACCUGUCCCCUUUAACCUGGUUCCCAGUCCCAAGGCCAUCAUUGCCUUGGUCCUGGGGCUAAGAGACCUCAUGCUGAAGGCUCUCAACAGACACAAGAGCUGUCACAAUGAGGAUACAGAGCUCAAUAAGGUGAACCACACAAUCUUGGAUCAUCAUAAGAAUUCAACUGCUGGAGGUCUGGCUUGUCCGAGUCGGCACCAGAAGAUAAUGAGACGCCUCAUCAAGAGAUAUGUGAUACAAGCACAGAUCAAUAAAGACAGUGACGAAGUGAAUGAAGGAGAGCUGAAGGAGAUUAAACAUGACAUCUCUAGUUUACGCUACGAACUCCUGGAGCAGAAGAACCACAAUAUGGAGGAGUUAACUGAGCUGAUCCGGAGACUGGGAGAGAAGAUACCUGCCGAGCAGCAGAGGCAUCAGGGUCAGAUAUAG